AUGCGAGCCCCGCGGGGGCUGGACGAGGUUUGGCGCCUUUCAUGGUCCCUGGUGUCUCAGCCGACCAACCCCCGCCCUCCCCCGCUCCUCGUCCACCACGUCAGACUCUGUGGCCGCUCGGGCCCCCCCGCCGUCCCACCGUCCAGGUGGUCACCAGGAGGGGCGUCCACGCAGGAAAACACGGUUGGAAACCAGGGAGUGCAGGCAGGUUCCCUGGAGAUCGUCCCGGAGGCCACCAGGAGGCACACCCGAGAUGUGGGAGUGACCUUCCCUUCCCCCGACUCUGACGUCAGCCUGCACAAAGGGGGCGAGCAGCGGGACCGCACGGACACCUGGCCCAGGGGCAAGGGCAGAGGCAGCUCCCUCGGCAACAAGCCCAGCAAACGCAACCCAGCCGUGGCCUGGUACAUCCCUGCCGUCGAGCUGCAGGAGGACUGGAGGAAGGAGAAUGUUCCAGAGCCCAGGCAGCGUUGGUGCGAGGCUUGGGGCAGGCGGGACGAGGUCCCCCGCCGCUGGAGAGAGCCCCUACGACAGAGACAACUCCAGGAGGCCUGGAGUAGCGAGGAUGGCCAUGAGCAGCAGGGGGGCUGGGCCCCAAGGAAGACCAUCUCCUCCCUCGUACCCAUCUCCCUCGGGGAUGCGCUGAACAUGAACCGGCCCUGGUUCAUCUCUCACUCCCGGGAGCGGGUGCGUCGCUUGGCCCUGCUGAAGGAGGAGAGGAAGUUCCAGAACCACCUGCAGAGCGAGAGAGACCAGCUCUUCAACCGGCCCCCGGCACAGGGCCACCAGCAGCGCAGGGGCCCGCAGCCAGAUGACCCUGUUUUCUACAAGAAGAAGAUUUCCAGGCAUGAGAUGUGGGAUCGCUCCAAGCGGCUGUACGAGCAGCUUCCUGAGGUGACCAGGCGGAAGGAGGAGGAGAAGCGCAGGUCUGAGUCCAGGAGCAACAGGCUGCGGGCUCAGCUCUACAAACAGAAAAUCACCAACCGUGUCCUGGGGAGGAAGGUGUCCUGGCAGUGAGUGCCGCAGAGACACGCACUGCAUCUCACUCUCCUCUGUGCCGCCAGCUUCAAUGUAAAUAAAGAAGUAUUUAAAUAC